GGUGUUUCCUCCUACUGCUUUUUUAUUGACGGAGAAGUUCUUAAAUUCCCUCAGCAUAGAAGAAGAAUAAAAGAAUUAGCUCGUUGUGUUUGCUGCACCGGCACCAGCAUCAGCAUCAACAUCAACAUCAACAUCAGCAGCAGCAGCAGCAGCAGCAGCAGCAACAGGGUUAUAUGCUCUAGCUGUGGCAGCAGCAGCAGCAGCAAAUGCAGCAACAGCAGCAUAUACUGCACCGACUGCUGCCUUUGCUGCUUUAUUCCUCCUCCCUUGCUACCUGAAGGACAAACUAACCAGCAGCAGCAGCAGCAGCAACAGCAACAGCAACAGCAACAGAAACAGCAGCAACAGCAACAGCAACAGCAACAGCAACAGCAGCAACAGCAACAGCAACAGCAGCAACAGCAACAGCAACAGCAGCAACAGCAGCAGCAGCGGCGGCAGCAGCGGCAGCAUGGGCCCGUACUGCAGCAGCAGCAGCAGCAGAAAAAGAAAGGAAAACCAAUACCUUGUGUCUUCUUUGCUGUCUAUGGAGGAGAAGCUGCAAAGACACCCCAAUCUGCUAUAUAUAUAAGCGAGUUGCUGCUGCAGCUAUCUCAGCAGAACCAGAGGCAGAAGGAGCAGCAGCAGCAGCAGCAGCAGCAACAGCAACAACUGCAGCUACAAGACGGGGGAACUUGGCUACCUUCCCCUGCUGUAAGCAGCAACAGCAGCAACAGCAGCAACAGCAGCGGGAGUUGCUGCAGGGUGGUGCGUGUGUUUGGUACAACAACAGCAGCAGGAGCAGCAACACAACUAGGAGCAACAGCAGCAGGAGCAGCAGCAGCAAAUGACGAAUUCAUACUAGAUAGGGAUACAGUAAUUGCUGCUGUAGGGGGAGGAGCAACAACGGAUCUAAUCUCUUUUUGCAGCAGUCUGCUGCUGCGCGGAUUGCGGCUGCUGCUGCUGCCUACUACGCUUCUUGCUGCUGUUGAUGCUGCUGUCGGAGGAAAAACAGGAGUAAAUGCAAAAGGACUAAAGAAUAUGUUGGGCACCUUUUAUUGCCCUUCUUUUUGCUUUAUUAACUUUUCUUUCCUACAAACCCUAGAUAGCAGACAGAUGAGGAGUGGAUUGGCGGAGGUGGUGAAAAUUGCUGCUGCUCUAAGCCCUGCCUUCCUCCAUUAUCUAUUAACUGUAGACCCUAAAUGCUUGGGGGUUGAUCAGGAGCCUCAACCUGCUCAGUUGCUGCUGCAGCAGCAUCAGCUGCAGCAGGAAAAAGAGCAGCAGCAGCAAUUAUUUCCAUUGUUAGGUGUAGUUGCUGCUGCUGUUGCACUAAAGGCAGCAGUUGUUGCUGCUGAUCUUAAAGAAAAUAAUAUUCGUGGUGUUCUUAAUUUUGGUCACACUAUUGGCCAUGCUAUAGAGAUUACACCAGGAAUUAAUUGGGCCCAUGGAGAAUGUGUAUCCGUUGGAUGCGUACUUGAAUCUUCCUUAAUAUCCUUUUUAGGGUUUAAUAAUUCUCUUCUUUUUUUCCUUCUUUUUUUCGCUUUUAAGAGGUUUAAAUUACCUGUAUAUUUACCUGUACAGCUGCAGCAGUUGCUGCCACCACCGCUGCAGCAGCAGCUGCAGCAGCAGCAGGAACAGGAGCAAGAGCAGCAGCGACGGCAGGAACAGCAGCACCAGGAGCAGCAGCAGCAACAGCAGGAGGAGGAGGAUGAUGAUGAGCAGAAGCAGCGACCUUCACAGGAACAGGAAGAAGAAGAGCAGUUGCUGCUGCAGCAAGAGCAGCAGAAGCAGCUGCUGCUGCAGCAGGAGCAGCAGAAUUGGUUAUUACGCUUAUUAGGGGAUAAAAAGAAUAAAAAAGGAGAAAUAAGUUUUGUUUAUCCAAAUAAUGUCUCCUUUGUAUCUAUAAGACCAGGAGGAGCAACAGCAGCAGCAGCAGCAGCAGCAGCUGCUGCUGCUGCUGCAACAGCAACGGCAACAGCAACAGCAGCAGCACCAGCGGCAGCACCAGCAGCAGCACCAGCAACAGCAGCAGCAACAGCAGAAGCAACAGCAGCAGCAAUAGCAGCAGCAAAAGCAGCAAGAGACAAAAAUGAGUGCGACAUGGAUCAGUUCUGCAGCGAUGCAUUUGUACCAGGGUCGAAGUCGGUUGCCAAUCGGGUGCUCCUCCUCGCUGCUAUGUGGGUUGCCUUCGGCAACGGCAGCAGCAGCAGCAGGUACAGCAGCAGCAGCAGCAACAGCAGCAACAGCAGCAACAGGAGCAGCAACAGCGACGACAGGAAGAAGAGGCGCGCAUUGCUGCACGGAUUGCCUUGCUGCAGCGACACAGUAGCCAUGACAUUGGCACUGCAGCAACUGCAGCUAGCAAAUAUUAAAUUAAAUAGAGGCCAUAACGCGCAUAUUUUUGAGGCAGAGUUGGAGGAGAGAGAAAGAAAGGAAGGAGAGCCAAUUGCUGCUGCUAUUAAACCAGGAGAAUGCCUAAGAUUAGACUGUAUGGGUAGCGGCACAACAAGCCGUUUUUUAUUUCCUUUUUGUUUUUAUCUUCUUAUUGAUGCAACAUAUACAUGGGCAUUUAAUUAUAUUAUGCAAAAAAAGAGAGAAAAAGAAGAAGAAAAAGAAAAAAGCUUAGCAGCUAUUGAACGAGCUAGAGCAGCAAGACGAGCACAAAGGAGAGCAGCAAGGCGGGCAGCAAGACAAGCAUCAAGAGCAGCAACAGCAGCAGCAGCAGCAGUAGCAGGAUUAAAACAGGUAGAGGAGGAAGAAGAAGAAGAGGAAGAAGAAGAGGAGGAGGAAGAGGAGGAGGAGGAACUAGAAGAAUAUUAUGGCGCUUAUGCAGACGAAGAGGACGAAGAGCCAGAACCACCAGUAUUCCAGUUGCUGCUGGAUGGAGACAGUCAGCUACGCCGUCGUCCUAUGGGAGACUUAGUAGCAGCAACAACAGGUUUAUUUAAUUGUAUAUCUGUCUCCUCUGUUAAAAAUAAUGAUGAUAAUAUAAAUAUAAUAAAUAAACAGGAAGAAGAACGAGAAGAAGAAGAAGAAGAAGAGGGAGGUGCAGGAGGAGGAGACGAGGACCAGCAGCACACAUUACCCUUGCUGCUGACGUAUAAAGAUCCGCUGCUGCUGCUGCAGCAAAUGCGUUAUGAAUUAGGUAGACUACUACAGGAGCAGGAGAGCAGCAAGAGGGAAGGCAGGAGGAACAGCAGGGGGAACAGCAGGAGCAGCGGGAGCAGCAGCUUAAGCAGCAUGAGCAGCAGCAGCAGCAGCAAGAACAGCAACAAGGAUGAUGAAUAUACAGUUGAACAACUAAGGGAGCAACUGUACUAUUAUGUACUGCAGCAGCAACUCACCUGCUGCUGUGUCUUUGUAUCCAACAGCAGCAGCAGCCAAUUUGCUUCCUCCUUGUUAAUGGUCUCUCCCUUGCUGCAGCAGGCAAUAUCUAUAGUAUUAGUAAAAAAAGAUGAGGCGGAGGAAGAUAUUACUAGUACUAUUGCAAGCAGCAGCAGUAGCUGGUGCAGCAACGGCUACAGCAGCAGCAGUAUCUGGUGCAGCAACGGCUACAGCAGCAGCAGCAGCAGCAGCAUGAGGAAGAAGAAACAAAAAGUUAUAACAAGACAAGAAGAUGUUCUUUCUCUUCCUUAUUUGUUGAUGACUUUACGAUUGAUGCAUGUGUGGGGUUUUAGGUGUAUAUACACCCCACCAUCUACCUUUCGUGUAUUACCUAUAGGUAGCGGCAUUAGCACCGGCUGUAGCAAUCAGCAGCAGCAGCAGCUGCUGCUGUUACAGCCUCUGAGGGACGAAGAGGACGACGAAGACGACGAUGAUGAUUUCUUCCUGCGGCAGCGAGUACUGAUAGGGGAUGAUGAUGAUGAGGAUGAGGAGGAAGAAGAAUUUUAUAGGCAGCAGCGAUUUAGGCGGGAGCACGCGGUGAUGCUGCAGGAGCAGGGAAUAGAUGUGGGGGAGGAAGAAGAUUAUGAGCAGCAGCGGCAGCGGCGGGAAGUGCAGCAGCUGCAGCAGCUGCAGGAAAUGCAACAGCUGCAGCACCUGCAGGAGCUGCAGGAUAGGGAGGAAGGCAUGCAGGAGGAUACGCCGCCGCUGCUGCUGCAGGAGUAUUAUGAGAGGAAGCAACAGUAUCUGCAGGAGCAAGGCAGUCCAGUAGCAGCAGCUGCUGGUGCAGCAGCAGCAGCAGCAGCAGCAGCAGCAAAAGAAGAUCUAAGACAUUUCUUCGUAGAAGGGGACGCAUCUGCUGCUUCUUAUUUCUUUGGAUUUGCUGCUGUUUCUUCUGCUAAGGUUGCCGUCAACGUUAGCAGGUAA